AUGUCGGAAGUUAAAGGUACUAAAGCUUUGGAAUUAUGGUGCAAACGUCUGGUAAAAGAUUGCCCCAAUGUACAAAUUGAUAACAUGACAACAUCAUGGAGAAAUGGAAUGGCAUUUUGUGCAUUAGUUCAUCAUUUUAGACCAGAUCUAAUUGACCUGUCACAACUUAAACCUGAAAACAUAUAUGAAAAUAAUCGAUUGGCAUUUAGUAUUGCUGAAAAACAUUUAGGUAUACCUUCAUUACUUGAUCCCGAAGAUAUGGUUGAAAAUGAUGUUCCAGAUAGGUUGUCAGUAUUGACUUAUUUAUCACAGUUUUACCAGCGGCUAAGUCAUACAGUAAAUACUAAAGCUUCUGAAAUUGAGCCUAAAGCAUCAUCACCUACAUCAACGCAGCCAGUUACUCCAAUAAGAUUUGGAAAGACAGGUCUAGACAAAUGUGUCGCAUGUGGAUUGCCUGUCUAUCUAGCACAAAGAUUAAUAGUGGCCCAAAAACUGUACCACAGAAGAUGUUUCCGUUGUUCUAAGUGCUCCGGACAUUUGAACCCAAAAAAUUUCCAAGCCGAUGAAACAUCUGAGUUUUCUUGUGACUCUUGUAAAAACGAAAAGAGCCUUAAGAAAAUAUUUAAUAAUAAUGAUCAAAUGGGUAUGGUAGCAUUUAGUAACAAUGAAAAUGAAACAAAACUUGAUAUUAAUAAAGAAGAGCAAGUAAGUCAGAGACAUAAGCCGAGGCCACACUCUAUAUUAGAUAAAAUAAAUAUGUUUGAAAAAAAUAUAGAUAAAGACCCUAGUAUUGAACAAAAAUUAGCUAAUAAAAGUUCACUUAAAGAUGGUCUUGAAAAAAGCAUAAGUGUGCCUCCAAGAAGAAAAAAACAUCAUGCUGCUGCUGUUAUUGAAACAAGUACCAAUGGAACAAAUAAAGAAGAAGAAAAUAAGCUUAGCAAAGAUCCUGACUAUCCUGAUUAUUUAAACCCAUUUUCAGAUGAUGAUGAUGAUGAUAACAAGGAAGUAGUUAAAGAAGUACAAAAAAAAGUCAGCACAAAUCCGUUUGGCAGCAGUGAAGAUGAAGAAGAAAUGCCUUCAAAAGAACCUCAAACUAAUUUACAAAAGAUCCAAUUACCAACACCAACCAAAAGGCAUAUCAUUGCACAAAACCCAAGUAAUCCCUUUUGGUCUGAUGGAGAAGAGCCUUCUUCUGAUGAAGAAACAUAUAGAACAAGUACAAGUAUGUACAAGUCAUCCAUGGCGACAAGCACACCAAAUUUGCCAUCAAGCACCCCAAGGCGAAAAAAACCAAAGGCUCCACCUCCGCCACCAACGAUCACCAUCAGCGCUCAGCCGGCAGAUAGAAAUUCAACGUCAAUGGACGACAUAGCAAGCAUAUCAUCUCUUAGCUCCCACAAUUCGACAGUUUACUCUGAUCAGAAAUCAUACAGUACAAUGACACCGACAAUGAAAAAGAAAAGACCUGCCCCAACACCACUAGAUAGUUUGUCCACACAUUCUGGCUAUGGAGAGUCUACGGAGAAAGGGAUUGAUACUUCUGGAACACGUAGCAGCCCUUCUGAUGGUGGACGCCGGGUGAAGGGGCCUGCACCCGGCCUGCCGCUUCCGGAGAGGAGGGAGGUGAAAAUGCAAAUGUCCCCCGAGGAGCUGCAAGUGCAACUUGACAUGUUGGAAACGCAACAGCUCGGCCUCGAGAGGCAAGGGGUCCUCAUUGAGCAAAUGAUACGCGACAAGUGUGAGGGUGACGAAGCUCCAACAGUACCUCAAGAGGAAAUUGAAGACUUGGUCAUACAAUUGUGCGAACUGGUGAACGAAAAGAACGACCUAUUCAGAAAGCAGACUGAACUCAUGUAUAUACGUCGGCAGCAAAGACUAGAGCAGGAGCAGGCCGAUAUUGAACAUGAAAUCAGAAUUAUCCAAUCAAGGCCAGCUGUCAAUAGAAUUGAUGCAGAUAAGGCACGCGAGGAAGAGUUAGUGACACGCCUUGUCGAGAUAGUACGUAUGCGAGACGAAUUGGUGCAGCAGAUCGAGGCAGAGCGAAGGCGGGAGCGCCAAGAAGAUCUCGCCAUUGCCACUUCUAUAGCCAACAAACGAGCACAAAGAAAUAGCGAUUCUAACGCUUCUUCAAUCAAGUCUGCGGAAGCCGUAAUUACUCCUAAAAAAAGCAAAGUCAGAGACAAAGUGAAAAAACAAUUAAAAAAGGCGAAACAUACAUUGAUUUCAAAGAAAAAAGAUGAAGACAAAACCGAUAAAGAUAAAAAACCGAAA